UCAAAUCCAAAAUAUCAUAAUAUUUUGUUGCUUGACUUCAUUUAUGGUAGUUUGGUGUAUUUUCUCUAAUUUUGUGUCGAAAGAACUAAACUUCUUAAGAAAUUAUUAAGUAAAACUAUGUUUCAGCGUAUUAACCACGCUCACAUGCAACACGAGAUAUUUAUUUUAUAGUAUUAUCUAAAUGGUCACUGUGACUACUAUGGAUGUUUACGGGCAUUUCAUAAUUUGGGCUUUAUUAUUAUUAUAUUCCUCAUUAUAUGUUGCCGCCAAUUCGUUAGCUUAUGACGUACAUUGGCUUGGAGGUGCUACAGUUAUUGAGCGGGAUGCACCAACUUCAAAACAAACUGUUGAUAUAUACUGCUAUCCUGGUACUUCAAAAAAUUUGUUUUCUCUCUGGCAAACUGUUAAGUUUCAUUUGAGGAUAAAAAAUGAUGAGUUCAGGCAGUAUGUGGGCAGUAGUCCUGAGGAGGUGUACAAGGAGUAUACAGAAGACAGCUAUGGAUGGUCUGUGGUUAAUCCAUUCCAGAAAAGGACCCAGAAGACAAUGUCUUUGAACCUAUUUACACCUACAUGUAUGGCAAUCAAUACUAAACAGAGACAUAGUAUUGAACUACAAAUAAUAAGAGUGGACAUUUGGAGGAUUAUACUCAUGUUCCUUGGUAUAAGUUUAAUAUUUUCAUCAAAAGCACUAAGUGGUAACCCUGUGUUUUUCUACCUCUGUGGUAUAUUUGUUGGAGUAUUUGCGUCCUUCAUGGUGCUUGUAUAUUAUGUGAGCAAGUUAUUACCUAAGAAAACUUUAACAUACGGCAUUCUGAUAGGCGGGUGGACAGUUGGCGUGUACAUAUUCCAGCAAGUAUGGGAGAACAUCCGCAGCCUAGUGCUGUCUUACCAGACAUAUAUGUUCUGGUAUACAUUGGUGGUCAGCUUCAUUAGUUUCAUUGUAUGCUACAAAAUUGGGCCACCUAAAAACCAGAGGAGCAAGAACCUUGUUAUGUGGACUUUACAGCUUGUUGGUGUGUUACUGAUAUUCUUCAGUAGCGAGUAUCAGGAGGCCUCUGCCGCCGUGAUUAUUAUUUCACUAGUCAUUAAAUACUUUCCAGAGUCACUACUUCGUAAGAUACAAGCUUAUUGGCGAAGGAAAUUCCCUCCAAAAGCUCGUCUGCUAACCAGCGAGGAGUACUACGAAGAAGGGGCGAGGGAAACAAAGCAGGCCUUGGAGAAUUUGAGAAAAUACUGCUCCAGUCCAGACUGCGCACAGUGGAACAUCAUGCUGAAGCUUAAUGACUCAAGAAGGUCAGGAUCUAUAGUGCCUCGCAGAUUCGCCAGUUUUGUGGAGGGAAAUUCUCAUUUGAGCGAUGAGGAAAUACUAGACUACGAAUCGUACGCGUUCUCACUGGACAGAUGCAGGAAGCCGACACCAGUCGCCAACUCCACCCGGAACGUCGAUAUAUCAGAUGACGAUUCAUCUGAGUAUGAAGAGAUCUAAAUUCUACCAUGCAUAAACUACAGAAUUAAUAUUAUAUGUACUAAUAUUUUUUCUAUAAUAAAAUCUAGCAUAAAGCAAAGUUAAACUUAUGUUUGCUGGUGUGAAGUCAAACGGCAGUGUAAUUUAUGUGAUCACUAGUUAUAACAUGCGGCUUUGCUUACAGUAGUAGACUAUUUUAUGCA